AGACUGCGCUCUGACUCUUAGUCUUCAAACCGGAGCUCCAACAACCUGGAACUGUGCGACAAACAGCACUGAGGAGACGGGGAAGCUUGUACCAUGCAGCCCGGAGAGGAGGACAGCCUGGGACCGUUGAUUUUUGAGCCCUUUCUACAUUGACGGAGUAUUUCCCCCCUCUUUUCUUGGGGACAUUACUGCGAUCUAAUUGAUCUGACAUACCUUCACUCUCAUCCACGCACCCGCGCGCGCUCUCGUAUCACCGUACGGAUACCCGUUGCCGUUGAACAUUAGUGAGGAGCUAAAACAUUGAGGGAAGCACCUGGCAACAUGGAUUUAUUCUCCAUCCCACCCCGCGUUUGCUGGUGGAGGAUCCUGUUUCUCCUCAGCAUCUUCCAAGAUUAUAUGAGCUCCAUGCUGGACUGCCCACCGACCUGCCGUUGUUCUGCUACAAACAUCUUUUGCAAUGAGUCUUACCAAGGGAAUUUCUUUCCCCUCCUGGCACCGCAGGACACCUCGAGCGAUGGGAAUACCACUAACAGCCUCCCGGACCUGUUUGAGAACAUCUCCUCCAUACACAUUGAGAACUGGUCGGGCUUGCAGACUUUGAGGGACGUUGACAUGGAGUUGUACACUGGGCUUCAGAGACUGAACAUUGUGAACUGCAACUUACGUACGAUUCAGUCACGAGCCUUCGCCAAGAACCCCCACCUGCACUACAUAAACUUGUCUGGGAACCCUCUGACAACUCUCUCAUGGCAACUCUUUCAGAAUCUCCAACUUUUCGAGCUGAAACUGGAAAGAGUGGUGUUUAACUGCAGCUGCAAUAUCCGUUGGAUCCAGCUGUGGCAGCAGCGAGGCGAAGCCGGACUCCAUAACCAGCAGCUGUUCUGCAACGGAGUCUCCAAGAUCCCUCUACAGUUCAUGAACAUCUCAAACUGUGAUUUGCCGGAAAUCAGUGUAAGUCACAGUAACCUGACGGUGAUAGAGGGUGACAGGGUCACAAUCACCUGUAAUGGGUCAGGAGUGCCAGUACCGGAAGUGGACUGGACUGUUGGCGGACUUCACUCCAUUAACACACACCAAUCCAAUCAAUAUCCACCGAAUGUCCACUCCAUCAACUUAACUCUGGUCAACGUCAGCAGAGAUGAUAACAGCUUCAUGCUGACCUGCAUUGCAGAGAAUGUAGUUGGGAUGACUAAUGCCUCAAUACAGCUUUCAGUACAGUUCCCCCCUGUUAUCAUUAAGUUUGAGGAGCCGCAGAAGUGGCACGACACGUGUAUGAUCUUCACGGUGCGUGCAAACCCUCUGCCCACCCUACGCUGGUACUAUAAGGGUGAGGAGAUCAAGCCGACUGAUUACGUCCAUCCAGAGAUGGAUGAAUACCAGGACAAUCUAGAGGGAUGCCUCAUGUUCAAAAACCCCACACACCACAACAAUGGCAAUUACACGUUGGAGGCCAGCAACUUCCUGGGCGUGGCCGUCAAAACUGUGUACGCCCACUUCCUACAGCCACCUUUUGAUGACUACCCAGAUUAUGUGAGUCCGACUCCGACAGCUAUUCCAACCAUGACACAUCGGCCUGAAGAGGACACGUUUGGAGUGUCGAUUGCAGUUGGCUUGGCUGGCUUCGCAUGCGUUCUCCUUGUCGUUAUGUUUGUGCUAAUCAACAAAUAUGGCAGACGUUCAAAGUUUGGCAUGAAAGGACCCGUGGCUGUGAUCAGUGGUGAAGAAGACUCCGCCAGCCCCCUCCAUCACGUCAAUCACGGCAUCAUAACCCCAUGUACCCUAGAUGCCGGGCCAGACGCUGUGGUAAUCGGUAUGACUCGUAUCCCAGUGAUCGAAAACCCACAGUAUUUCCGGCAUGGGCACAACUGCAACAAGCCUGCAACUUAUGUACAGCACAUUAAGCGCAGAGACAUCGUGCUCAAGAGGGAACUGGGCGAAGGAGCCUUUGGGAAGGUGUUCCUGGCAGAGUGCUACAACCUAAGCCCCUCUAAGGACAAGAUGCUCGUGGCUGUCAAGACCCUGAAGGAUCCCACCCUUGCGGCGAGGAAAGACUUCCAGCGGGAGGCCGAGCUCCUGACCAACCUUCAGCACGAUCACAUAGUGAAGUUCUACGGCGUCUGUGUAGAUGGAGAUCCGCUUAUCAUGGUCUUUGAGUACAUGAAACACGGAGACCUCAACAAGUUCCUCAGAGCUCAUGGUCCAGAUGCAAUGAUCCUGGUUGACGGACAGCCGCUGCAGAACAAUGGGGAACUGGGUUUAUCUCAGAUGCUGCACAUAGCCAGUCAGAUCGCAUCAGGGAUGGUCUACCUGGGGUCUCAGCACUUUGUGCAUCGUGACCUGGCCACACGCAACUGCCUGGUGGGCAACGGGCUGCUGGUGAAAAUCGGAGACUUUGGAAUGUCAAGAGACAUCUACAGCACUGACUACUACCGGGUGGGAGGACACACAAUGCUGCCCAUUCGCUGGAUGCCACCAGAAAGCAUCAUGUACAGGAAGUUCACGACGGAGAGUGAUGUGUGGAGCUUCGGCGUCAUCCUCUGGGAGAUCUUCACCUACGGCAAGCAACCAUGGUUUCAGCUGGCAAAUAAUGAGGUAAUCGAAUGCAUCACACAAGGACGUGUGCUGGAGAGGCCACGGGUUUGUCCCAAGGAAGUGUACGACAUAAUGCUGGGAUGCUGGCAGAGGGAACCACAGCAGAGGUUGAACAUCAAAGACAUCCAGAAAAUUCUUUAUGCCUUGGGCAAAGCCACACCUGUCUACCUGGAUAUCCUGGGGUAGUGUUUGUUGGGAAUAUGUGUGGAUGUCUGCGUCUAUCCAUCAGAGGAACGAACAUCCUGGGAUUUACCCAAAACAACACUGUCAGACACCUACAACAUGGGGAUGGACUUAAGUGCCUGCUACUCCUUUCGAUACACUGGAUAACAGUCUUUAAAAAGCACUUUUACAUUUUGUUUACCUGCAUAUAAAGAUGUACAGUUCUACUGCAAGAAGAGGAGUCUCCUUUUUCUAUUUCUUUAGUUUUUUCUUUUCGUUUUGGUAAGAACAGCCUACUUUUAAACUCUAAAAAAGGAAUAAUGGAAAAUUCUCCCUAAAGUAUUAAUAAAAUCUUUUUUUUUCCAUUUCCUGACUGCUUGACAACUCUCCCAGUGGUUACUUGUUUUUCAUUUUAUAAAUAUAUAUAUUUUUAAUUUAUUUUUCUUUCUCCAAGUGUGGAUGUAUGCCAUGUUUCUUGCUAAGGGUAUAUCGCCUUUUGGAUAUGACUGCUCACCGUUGCCGUGUCUGAUGAUUGGCAAGGACUUUUUUCAUAAAAAGCCUUACUGCGCUGUGAUUGGCCGGAUCUUCUCUUUGUUGCUACAGGGAGUAUCCAACAGGGCUUUUAAAUAUUCUGAGGAGCUUUUUAGUAAAUAGAUGAACUUGAAGGAACCACCAAUCAAUACAAAGGAGUUUAUUUAAAAAAAAAAAAAAGAAAGAAAAAAAAAAGAAUGUAUAUAAUGUAAAUUUCCGUGUCACAAGCGACAGUAUGUUAACUUAUUUCAUUUCCUAAUUAGAUGAUUUUAGUUCCUUGGUGUGCUGUUACGGUGAGUGAAUUCUAUAAAUAUUUUGAUAAUAUUUUUUUUUUCACAUGUCCAUAGAAUGUAUGCUGAUAUUUCUAAAUGAGCUUCUUUUUUUUUCAUCCCCCCCUUUUUGGAUACAACCAAGAGCUAGAGAACGGUCAGCGUUUUGAUGGUGGAACACACCAUAAUGGGAAAAUCAUGAGACGUAGCCUCGCUCCUUGUAUUCCAGAGACCAUUUGCUUUUUAAAUGAAUGUAACAGGAAAGGUAGAUGUAUUUCCCAAAGCAAGCUCAUGCCCAGAAAAUAUUAAUAGGCCUAUUCCAUUCAUUAACCCUCAUUGCAUUUAUGAUUUGUGAUUAUGCUUUUUGCAAACAUAUUAUAUUGUCCUUUCCUUUACUUUGAGUAAUAAAAGAGAGAUGGUUAAGCUAUCUGGAAGAACUAG